UCAAGAAGCACCCCUCCACCCUCCCUCUCUCCCUGUCGGCACAAACAAGGCAGAUCCACCCCCCCCCCCCCUCCCCUCGCCUGGGACGACUCAGAGAGGCCUCGGCCGGCGGGGUUGAUUGGUUGGCAGGCAAUCAGGCAGGUUCUCUCCAUUGGAGAGUCGAGACAAGAUGAUGACCUCGUGGUUGCUCGGCCGGAGGGGCCCCUCGGGCUUUUCCUGGAGCUCCACCGCCGAGGAGGUCACCGCCGGCAUCUCCGCCUCCGGACUCACCGCCAUCGUCACCGGGGCGUCCAGCGGCAUCGGCGCCGAGACGGCGCGGACGCUGGCGCUGCGCGGGGCCCACGUCGUCAUGGCCGUAAGGAGCGUCGCCGCCGCCCAGGCUCUGCGGGACGACGUCCUUGCCCAGGCGCCCCAGGCCAAGCUCGACGUCAUGGAGCUCGACCUCUCAUCCAUGGCCUCCGUGCGCACCUUCGCCUCCGACUUCGUCGCCAGGGGACUCCCCCUUAACAUCCUCAUCAACAAUGCAGGAGUAAUGGCAAUACCUUUUGCACUUUCAAAGGAUGGCAUUGAGAUGCAGUUUGCAACUAACCAUGUCGGCCAUUUUCUGCUGACACAUCUUCUGUUGGACACCAUGAAGAAGACCUUUCAUGAAUCAAAUGUGGAAGGAAGAAUUGUGAAUGUUUCAUCAGAGGGGCACAGAUAUGCAUAUCGAGAAGGCAUCCGUUUCGAAAAGAUAAAUGAUGAGCCAGUGUAUAACAGCAUUGGAGCAUAUGGGCAGUCAAAGCUUGCGACCAUCUUGCAUGCUAAUGAACUUGCUAGGAGAUUCAAGGAAGAGGGCAUCAACAUAACUGCAAAUUCUCUACAUCCAGGCUCUAUUAUCACGAACCUUCUUCGCCACCACAGUAUCCUAGAUGUUCUCCAUCGGACACUUGGUAAAUUGGUUCUGAAAAAUGCUCAGCAGGGUGCGGCCACCACAUGCUAUGUCGCUCUGCACCCGCAGGUGAAGGGCGUCUCGGGGAAGUAUUUUUGCGACAGCAACCUGUACGAGCCGAGCGAGAAGGCCAAGGACAUGAACCUGGCCAAGAGGCUCUGGGAUUUCAGCAUCGAGCUCAUCACCUGACGCAUCAUUAGCUCACCUCACCUUGUUAUACAUGGAUCAAUGGAUGGAAUGUAAAGCACGUUGCUUGACACUACAAUUGAAUAGUGUAUUACGUUUGCUUGGUGGCCUUACAAGGGGCCGACAUGGCAUGCUUUGAGUGAUACAGUAUUGUUAGUUCAUGAGGAAUUGAGGAUGGUGUGAAAUCUGCCAUCGAGUCUGUUUAUCAAGAAAAAGUUUGUGAGAAAA